AUGGUUCACCCUAACACCACCUGUUGCAAAACCUCCGGAGACGCUGGCUGUGUCUGCGCUGCCCAGGCCAAGUGCUCCUGCGGAAAGGAGAACGCCCUUCACUGUUCCUGCAACAAAGCUUCGAGUGAGAACGUUAUUUCCGGUGCCAGAUGUUCAUGCAGAUCCCGCCCCGUUGGCCAAUGUACCUGUGAACGGUCGACCAGCGAAAACCAGUCGUUUACUGGUUCGAGCUGCCCGUGCGGAGCCAGACCUGAGGCAUCGUGUACGUGCGAGAAGGUGGAUGCGGUCGAGUCGGCCAUUGAGACCGAUUUCACCUCAUUUGGGCAGUAA